AUGGCCGGAUGGUGGUGGGUGACUCAAAAGAUUGGUAACGGAGUCUGCAGCAAGAUUAAGCAUGAUGAGCUGCUGCUGGUUGGGACGAGUAGGAGGCUAAUGACAGCAAAAGCACCCAACAGAGCUGCAGUUCAUGGAACUAAGCUACCUGUUACUGAAACCAUCGACAGGGAAGAAGCGGAGAAGGAGAUCAAUAAAUGGAAGGAGGAAAAAGAAAAGAAGAGGAAAGAGGUGGAGAAAAUUGUGGACUCCCAACUCAACAGUCCUGAUAAACCUUACUCUGCUAUCAAAUGA